UCAGAAAUUGGCACAACUUAACGCAAGUGAUCUCACAAUCAGAAUGAAAUUGGGACUUCUUUUAAUUUUGGGCCUUGUCGGGGUCCAAUGCGCCCAAAUUAGACCAAGGGUCGCUCCCGAUUGUGACCCUGGCGUAUGCAACGGACAAAAUUGCCGCUGCUUCAACCCUGGCGUUACUCCAGGAGGUUUCACUCCCAGAGACAUCCCUCAGAUUGUGUUGGUCACUUUCGACGAUGCCACGUCCAGGCUGUUGUACGACAACUACUACUCCGAUGCAUUUGUCGGCAGAAACAAUCCAAACGGCUGUCCCGUCAAAGCAACAUUUUUCAUGUCCCAUGAAUACACCGAUUACCAAGUCGUCAACCUCCUGAGGAAUCAGGGUCACGAAAUCGCCCUCCACUCUAUUUCCCACACUACUUCACCAGACUAUUGGACAACAGCGACCGCAGCUGCUUUGGCAAGUGAAUUCAAAGAUCAGAGGGACAUGGCUGCGCAUUUCGCUAACAUACCAGCAAGUGAGAUCCAGGGAAUCAGAACUCCAUUCCUCCAACUAGGAGGAGAUGCCACUUUCCAAAUGAUCACCGAUAACAAUUUUCUGUACGACUGUUCCUGGCCCACCCAAACUUAUAUCGGCGACGGACUCUAUCCAUAUACCUUGGAUUAUCUGAGCAAACAGGAUUGCAGCAUUGGUAUUUGCCCGACUGAAUCUCAUCCCGGCGCUUGGGUCCUCCCCAUGGUAGACUGGCUUGGUUCAAAUGGAAAACCUUGCGCAAUGGUUGACACUUGCAUCAACGGUGCAACAAAUGAGGCUGAGCUACUCAAUUUCAUCAAGGGAAACUUUGAUCGUCACUACAACGGUUUCAGGGAACCUUUUGGUUUUUACGUCCACGCAGCCUGGUUCAGCGCCAAUGCCACAAAUUACAACGCUUUCAAGUCAUUCCUCGAUUAUCUUGGUACGUUAAAUGAUGUUUACCUCGUUUCUGCCAAGCAAGCUAUUGAGUGGACGAAAAAUCCAACAAACAUUGGUGGAGCCGCCAACACUUUUGCUUGUCCAAGCAUCACACCCGCCGAAUGCACCAAGAAAACGUGUACCUUGCAGAAGCCUAACGAGGGCGAACGAAUCAUGGUCUCUUGUGUACCUUGCCCUCCCAAUUACCCGUGGGUGGGAAAUCCCUUGGGCCAAUAAACUGAAGUUAUGCAAUAGUUACGUAAUAUUUUAAACUUUAUUAGAUGGUCUUAGUAGUUGCUAAAGUGAUGUAAUCUAAAAAAUAAAAAUUUAUUAACUAAAUGAAAAAA